AUGUCUUCAAACUCAGGUGUGGUUGCUGCAGGUCUCCUGUCUCCUGUAUCUUCACCAGUUCCCCAGGCCAAGCAGAAUUCCUACGCAAACUUGACAGGAGACACACGCAGGGCCAAGGAUUUGGCUGCUGACUUCCAUGACCUGAUGGCCAAGUGGACGGCUUUGAACUCUCAAGGAGCUCAAAUCAUUGCCAUGAUAGCAAACAUCAAAAUAGGACAAGUGUUCAACAUGGAAGAGGGCAAUGGUCAGACAGGAACUAUCACGCUGCCCCCAGAGUUAGGGCCCUUAUGUGAUUGUUUGUCUGAUAUUGUUGAGAAAAUGAGCAAAUUGGAGGCCAAAAUGCAUCUCAAAGUGAAGACUGCAACUGGUUUAUCAUCUUAUCAACAGCAGUACAAGGCCCAUGCCUCCAGCUCUAUUCUCUUCUCAACCAUGACAUUGCAGGAUGUGGCAGAAACACUAAAGACCAUACAUGAAGACUUUGAGCAAGAACUCCAGUUCAAGAGAGAAAUUUGUCGACAGGUGGCUCACGCAGACAGCCGAGACAUGAUGAUGUUUUACUCUUCAUCCUGGAUGCACCAGCCUUAUAUCAGAUCUGUAUGCUGCGAUCUGCUGGAGGCGCUGCUGGUUGAAACUGGCCAUGUCAGGUGA